GACAAAAAGACAAAUAGUCGCAGAAAAAACAAUGUUGAUCCCACCCAUCUUCAGCCUGCUAUAAUGGAUUCCGUGCGGUAGGGGGCAGCCCGAACAUGGAAAUGUAGUCGAGCUAAACUAUGCGGUCCUAGGUUUAAGGACACCCUGUUCACACUGGUAACACUUCUGUUUGAAGAUGACUAAGGGUGAGGAUGUUUUCAGUGUUGAGGACUGCUUUCAGGAUCGGGGACCAACUGUCACAUUCAGCAACUUGCUCUACUGUGUUCGAGAGACAAAGUUCUGCCGCAAGAUAGGUCCUGAAAAAGUCAUCCUUCAAGAUGUAAGUGGGAUCAUGAGACCGGGGAUGAACGCCAUCAUGGGUGCCACAGGAAGUGGUAAAACAUCACUCCUGGAUGUACUCGCAGGAAGGAAGGAUCCAGCUGGACUGCGCCAGGGAAAUGUUUUGGUCAAUGGCAAAGUCGUCACCUCUGACCUGAGGCUUAGCUCUGCCUAUGUUGUUCAGGAUGAUAUUCUGAUGGGCACGCUAAGCGUGAGAGAGAAUCUUCUUUUCAGUGCCAACCUGCGUCUCGACCCUGAGCAUCACUCCUCCGCAGAUAAACACAACCAAGUAAACACCAUCAUAGAAGACCUGGGCCUUUCAGACUGUGCUGACACUAAGAUAGGCACAGAGUUUCUGCGUGGCGUAUCAGGUGGAGAGAGGAAGCGGUGCAGCAUUGGGAUGGAGCUCAUCACUUCUCCUUCGCUGCUGUUUUUGGAUGAACCGACCACCGGGCUGGAUUCUAACACUGCAAACUGCAUCAUCGGUCUACUGCACAAGCUGUCAGGAAGAGGCAAGACUGUGAUCUUCUCCAUUCACCAACCCCGUUACUCCAUCUUCAAACAGUUUGACCACCUGACACUAAUGCAUAAAGGCGAGGUGGUGUAUGCAGGAGCAGCAGACCACGCCCUGGUGUACUUCACAGACCUUGGCUAUCAGAUUGAGCCUUUCAACAAUCCAGCUGACUUCUUCAUGGACAUCACAAAUGGAGAAACAAAAUCAACAGUAGAAUGGGACAUGGCAGUGGAGUGUAAAAACCCAUUAGCAGUAAAGUAUCGACAGUCCCAGCUGUACCAGAACAUGAUUGAGGAGCUGGACCAUGUGAACCAAAACGCUGUUGAUGGGGUCAAAGGUAAAGAUGAGCCGGCCAACUACGCUACCUCUUUCCUCUAUCAGAUGCGUGUGGUGUGUGGCAGGACAGUGCUGAACAUUAUGAGGAACCCUCAGACCUCCUAUGCCCAGCUGGCUCUCAACAUCUUCUUUGCCAUUCUCGUGGGACUUAUUUAUUACCAAAUGCCCCUGACACUGCCCGAGGCUUUACAGAACAGGACUGGAGCAUUCUUCUUCCUCAUCAUCAACAUGGUGUUUGGGAAUCUUUCUGCCGUUGAACUCUUUAUCAAUGAAAGGGCGAUCUUCAUCCACGAGAACUCUAGUGGCUAUUACCGUACUUCCGUCUACUUCCUGUCCAAGAUCUUUGCCGAUCUCAUUCCCAAUCGCGUGAUCCCCAUCUUUGUGUUUUCAGCCAUUGCCUACUAUAUGAUGGGGAUGAAGUCUGCCUUUGAGGCGUUCCUCUGCUUUGCUCUGACCAUGUCUCUGGUCAGUCUGGCAGGAGUUAGUGUUGCCUUCCUCGUCUCGGCGAGCGUUUCUUCAUUUGCAAUGGCAAACAUCCUCAUUGCUUUACCCUUCGUCUUCAUGAUGGUCUUCGGUGGUUAUCUUGUCAAUCUCAAUGCCAUGCUGAGCUGGCUCUCUUGGCUGAAAUGGAUCAGUAUCUUCAGAUAUGGAUUGAAUGCUGUAUUCAUCAACGAGCUGGAAGGACUGAUUUUCUACACAAACACCACAGUCAUCCCAGGGGAAGUGUUCCUAGUCGGCCAGGACAUCGAUUACUCCGUGUGGGGCUUCUGGCAGAACGAGGUGGCCCUGCUGGGAAUCAUGCUUGUCUGCAUGUUCCUGGCUUACGUGCAGCUGCGACGAAUCAACCGCUGGAAAUGAUGUCCAUCCAUCUGUUUAUGCGUCCAUAAGAAGCCACCAUGUAUUUUUCUUAUUAAUUUAACAGGGGAAAAAAAUGCUGGAGAGCUAUUAUUUUAUAUUGUUGCACCAGACAGAGCUUUCUUAUAUCAUUUAUCAUUUAAAAUUACUUAUGUAGUAAAACAUUACACUAAGAAUCUCGCACUCACAGAAGCUCUACAGCAUUAACCAUCACACGUGUUUUAACAUUUGACUCCCAGGUGGAUAAGCUGCUAUACUAAGCACACUUGGUGUGUGCAUGAGGGAAUGUCUCACAGCUGCCAAGACAACUUCUUAAGUCCCUAGAAAGCUACUUAGUGCAUAAGACAGUGUUGGCUACAGUGAAGAAAAUAUGCACGUGCAAUGUUUAUGUCUUGUUCUGAACAAGCAAAGUUUUAAAGGUUUCUCUGUUCUUCAGGUAAAACUGACUAAUCAGAGUGAAUUUCCAAUUUAUUCAUGUUGAAACUGUUAAAUUUAGUGCAAUGUACAUUUGAUUUUUUUUUUAAAUGAAUGCAAGUGUUACAAAAA